UUAUGGUGUUAACUGUGAGAGCUGUCCAGGGCCAGAAGGCCAGCCCUGUUUUGGUAACGGUGUGUGUGUGGACGGUAUUAAUGGUACAGGAGCGUGUCGGUGCAACCCUGGCUUUAACGGCACAGCCUGCGAGUCCUGCCAGACGGGAAAGUACGGCAUCCACUGUGACCAAGACUGUAAGUGUGUGAAUGGUCACUGUAAUGAUGGUCAGGAGGGGGAUGGCACCUGCGAAUGUGACGUUGGAUGGAGAGGAACACUCUGCUCUAUAGCCAUAACCACAGACUCAUGUAAAGGGACGUGCCACACCAGUGCAAAUUGUCUACUGAACGUAGCAGAUAAUUCAUAUUACUGUAGAUGUGCAGCUGGUUACCAGGGCAACGGUACAUACUGUACAGCGGUGAACGCUUGCGCGAAGGAUAAUGGCGGAUGCUCCUCCAGCGCUGUGUGUAAGAUAACUAUCCCAGGACGCAGGAAAUGUGUGUGUAACCCAGGUUAUGCAGGGGGUGGAAAAGUGUGUGUGUCAAUCAAUCCAUGUCUGGACGGUAGUGGAAGCUGCAGUGCCUAUGCAGACUGUGUACACACAGGCCCAAACAAGACAGCAUGUGUGUGCAAAGCAGGCUACUCUGGAAAUGGACAGCAGUGUAAUCCUAUCAAUUUGUGUUACAAGAAAAAUGGAGGCUGCCACAAGCAAGCUAUCUGUAUGAUGAAAGGACCAGGGGAGAGGAACUGUACCUGUCGCAAGGACUACAUGGGAGAUGGGAUGACCUGCAAAAGUAACGUCAUGCAGGAGCUCCGAAACAGAGAGCUGACAAGUUUCUUCUACAGUGUGUUAUGGUCUGAUGCUUAUUUCCUACAAGGACGUGGUCCAUACACUGUGUUUGCUCCUAACAAUAAGGCACUUAAAAAGGCAGAAUACCAGAAGCCAGAGAAUAAAGAGAGCAACGCAGCGCUGGUCCUGUACCACAUCGUGUCAUGCCGUAUCCUGAUGCCGGAGGACCUGAUGCAGCCCCGUAACCUCACCACGCUCAGCGGGGAAACGCUCACCAUCUCCUACUGGGAGGGCUCGAUAUAUAUCAAUAACAAGGCCAAAGUGGUGUACAGCGAUCAAGAGAGCAACAACGGGAUUUUCCACGAGAUCGACACGGUUCUCAUCCCCCCCAGCUUCCAGAAGCUGAAUGGAAUGAAUAAGUCUGCCAGCCUCCCUGACCUCAAAGAUGUAGCAAAUGAACACGGCUUCAAGACAUUUUUCAAACUGUUGGAGGACACGGAGGUGAUGGAGCGGGUGCAGGACCGCCUCCAUCAGCCUGUCACGCUCUUCCUCCCCACCGACUCCACCAUGGCUGCCCUGCCUCAGGAGCAGAAGGACUUCCUGUUCGGCCUGCAGAACCGCGCCCAGCUGAAGGAGUACCUGGAGUACCAUGUCCUCCAUGAUAUGAAGAUGCAGUCUGCAGAAAUGAUUCAUUUCAGUUCAAUGAAGACCCUUCAGGGUUCUGACGUCUCUGUGAGCUGCGUCGGAGAGGACAAAAUAGGUGAACUGUACAUCAGUGACAAAAGUUGUCGGAUUGUAAAGAGGAACCUAAAGUUCAAUGGAGGCUUGGUUUAUGGUAUUGACUGCUUGUUAACACCUCCCAGCCUUGGGGGGCGCUGUGAUCAGAAGGACACUGUAGACAUCACAAUGCCUUGCAGAUAUUGUGCUGUUACAGUGUCAUCUGAUUGCCCUUCAAUAAGUAAACCAAAGUCUAUACAGAGGUGCGACCUGCCCAGAUGCUUCUCAUCUGUGAAUGCUGGAUGUCAGUCUGUGUGCACCAUGGUCAUAUGGAAGCCCAAGUGCUGCUCAGGUUACUAUGGCAGAGAUUGUCUCGAAUAAGAAGAAGUGUGAGUGUAAGCCUAACUACAUUGGUGAUGGUCUGGAGUGUGAGCUGAAGGUGCUUCCAGUGAAUCGCUGCAUGCAGGAUAACGGCCAGUGUCACUCUGACGCUCAGUGCACUGACCUGCACUACCA